AUGAGCUUGACGGAUGGAGGAAAAGCUGCAGAACUAAACGAGCAAGUUGGUAAGCUUGUUGAUCGAUCUCAGAAUUUCGGUGAACUUCUUCUUGAUGUUUGUGGAGCUAGGGGAGAAGCAUUUUUAGCAAAUGGGUUGGUUGGUGAAGCUUUUAAUGAAAAUUUGGAAACGAUUUUGAAACUUUUGGAGAGUGGCCAAGUGUCGAGCGUUGGUGUUUAUGGUAUGGGUGGUGUGGGCAAAACGACGCUGGCAAAGCACAUCCACAAUAAACUCCUGCAACAGUCUCAAGGACGUGUGUUUUGGGUUACGGUCUCGCAAGAAUUUACUAUUACCAAUUUGCAAGAGAAGAUGGCUCGUUUUUUAGGUGUGGACCUUUCGGAUGAGGAUAAUGAAGACAUAAGAGCAGCAAGACUGCAUAGAGCUUUGUCUCGGAUGAAGAUUUCAGUACUCAUAUUAGAUGAUGUGUGGGAAAAUAUUGAUCCGUUAAAGGAUGAGGCAUGGAAGUUAUUCACUGAAAUUCUUGGAAACGAGACGGAGGUAGCUCCUCAAGUACAAAACAUUGCAAAAUCUGUGUCAAAGCUGUGUGAUGGUUUGCCCCUCGGAAUUAUUACCAUUGCUGCAAGCAUGAGGGGUGAGACAAUGAUUCAUACAUGGACAAAUGUGUUAGCAGAACUAAACGAAUGUGUUAUGGGGCAAGACAACAUGGGAGAAGUUGCUGAGGUGAUUAAUGUAUUGAAAUAUAGUUUUGAUCGGUUGAAUGUGAAUAAUUAUAGUCAGGGAAAUGGCUUGAACACACUUCAACGUUGUUUGCUGUAUUGCACGUUAUACCCUGAAGACUGUGAAAUAUGUAGAGAACAUUUGGUUAGAAAAUUCAUUUCGGAGGGGCUGCUCCAUCGAAGAAAGAGUAGGAGAAUGCAUGAUCUUGUGAGAGGUUUGGCAUUGAAGAUUGGUGAGGGGAAAUAUAUGGUAAGAGCGGGGUAUGAUUCAUUGACGGAAAUCCCUGAAGAACAAGAGUGGACAGAGGGUUUGGAGAAGGUGUCCUUAAUGAAAAGUGGCAUAAGGAGAAUCGGAGAUGGAUUUUCUCCUAGUUGUCCUAAGCUCUCAACAUUGCUUUUAUGUGAGAACCCUUUGGAGCUUAUUCCAGAGUCAUUCUUUUCUAGAAUGCGGGGAUUACGCACUCUUGAUUUGCGCGGAACUGAAUUAACUAAGCUGCCAAACUCUGUAUCAGAAUUGAAGAGCCUCAAGGCCCUGCAUCUUGAGUAUUGUCACAGGCUUGAAAAUGUUCCCUACUUGGGGAAGCUUAAGGAACUGGGGGAGUUGAACCUCUCACGUACGGCCAUCAAGAAAGUGCCUCAUGGACUUGACGAAUUACUCAAUCUCGAAUUUCUCUCAAUGGAUGCACCUCUAUUGAAGAUGCUUCCAAGAGGAUUGUUACUCAAACUUGUUCACCUCCAGUACAUAAAUCUUCCAUUUGGUAUACAAGUACCCGUAGAAGAAGUUGGGAAUCUGAAACAGCUAGAACAGUUUAGUGGAAGAGUGAAAAAUGUGAAUGAGUUUAAUUGGUUUAUCAGAUGCCGGAAGGAUAAUACUUGCUACAGAAUCCGAGUAGGGCCGGACAAUACUACUCGCUACAAUGGCUACAUAAUGGGAGAUUUUGGAUCUCACGGUAACGAGUUGAUUUUGUGUGAAUGCAACCUUAAAGCUGAGAAAGUAUUAGGUCAUGGAAUCGUGUACCUGACAGCUAGCAAAUGUGAAGGUUUGAGCAUGUGCUUUGUGGAUGAUUUUCCACAGCUAAAUAAUCCCAAAUCCCUCAAGAGAUUGAGAAUUGAAAGCUGUGGAGGAACAUAG